UGUGCGGUGAUCUACGUUGGAGAGUUAAAAAAAAGCAAACAAACGGACAAGCUCGAUGAUGACAGCAAAGUUUUCCGCUCCUUCCCGUCUUCGUUUUGACUUCAAUUGCCGCUGACGUCUUUGAACUUCAUAAUGUUGCGAUUGGAGCGGACAAAAAGAAGCUUCAAGCUUCGUGGAAUUGGUAUUGUUGUGAUGAGGACGAGGAGGCUUUGAAUGUGGCGGCCGCGCGCGAACCUUGACCUCAUCCCGCCCUCGGCACACCAUGAUUGACAGAAGCGGGCGUCCAAUCACAGAACCGAUAGAUAAACAUUAACCAAUGAGAACACGCAGAGUCCGCAGGGGGUGGGUGCACCCAAAAAAAACCCAAAAAACAUUUGAAGUGUUGUGAAGCGACGAAGUGGGACACACCGUCACCGGACACUUUCUUUCAAAAUAAAACGAAUUAGCGUACGUUUCCAUGAUUUAAAUGUAUUUUGAACGUGCAAAGCGGAUAAGGUCGCGAGUUUGACGCGCACUUUUAUGACGGGAAAGUAGGUCCAAUGUCGCCGUUCGGGAGCAGUUAAACAUCCACGAAAUCAAAGUUUUUCACGCUCACUUCCGCUCAGACGGACGUCGUUUGAGCACAAAGACGCAAGAUGGCGGAAGAAGAGCUGCACGAAAGCCCGGAAACCACAAACAAAUACUUCACGCUGGACGACAUCAGCAAGCAGAACUCCUUCAAGGCCACUUGGAUCGUCAUCCACCACAAAGUCUAUGACGUCACCAAGUUCCUGGAGGAGCACCCGGGCGGCGAGGAGGUCCUGAGGGAGCACGCGGGCGACGACGCCACCGAGAGCUUCGAGGACGUGGGCCACUCCGGCGACGCCCGCCACGUGGCCGCGCAGAUGCUCAUCGGAGAGCUGCACCCGGAAAGUUUGGCGAAAACUUUGGAGGAGGAGCCGAGCCUGUGGCCCAACUGGUUGGUGCCGGCCGCGGUGGCCGCCGUCGUCACGCUGAUGUAUCGCAUGUAUGCGGCCGACAGCGAGCUGUGAUGUCAUCGCCGCGUACGGCAGCCCGGGCUCCUCCCACCAGACGAAGCGGCCGAUGGAAUUAGCUAUCGAGGUUGGGGAUUUGUUUUCGUAGCGGCGACGUCGCGCGCGUGUGACCGCACGGCCCGAACAUGGCCGCCGAAUCAACGCUGGAAUCGUAACAAAAUCGUCACUUUUUUAUUAUCCUUAUUUUACACAUCAUUAGUGAAAAUUCACAACCAGAAUAUUUUCGACAACUUUAGAUUUGUAACAUUUACUGACCUGUACUGUAUCCUAAUGUCCAGUAGAGGGCGCCAUUUCCACCAAUAAACAUUUGAUUGAGCGCAAAUGUGAA